AUGAUGAUGGAGCCAGUCACAGCUGAGGAACCGCCGAUGAUAUGCUCCCCCUUUGAAAAGGUCAUCUAUGACAUGGCCCACAGUGAAACGGUCGCUAAUGACAUCACUCUGGGGAGACGGGCUGGCCUCUAUGAACUACGGGGGGAGAUAGGCACUGGCAACUUUUCCCAAGUGAGGUUGGGGGUCCACAUCCUGAUCAGAGAGAGGGUCGCAGUCAAGAUUCUGGAUAAGCUUCGUCUGGACAAGAAGUCACAGGGGCUGUUUGCCUCAGAGAUCUCUUGUAUGGAGAAACUGUCUCACCCCAACAUUGUGCGUCUGUAUGAGGUGAUGGAGACAGGAAAGCACCUGUACCUAGUGAUGGAAUAUGGCAGUGGAGGGGAUCUCUACUCCCGCAUCAGCACCAGGGGGCGCUUGUCUGACCUUGACAGCAAGUUCAUCUUUGCCCAGAUCGUGUCUGCAGUCAAGUACAUGCAUGACAGCAACAUCGUUCACAGAGACCUUAAGGCAGAGAACAUAUUUUACACAACCAGCUACUGCAUUAAAGUAGGAGAUUUUGGCUUCAGCACAGUGAGUGGUCCUAAUGAAGUUCUUACCACCUUCUGUGGCUCUCCACCAUAUGCAGCACCUGAGCUCUUCAAGGAGAAAGGCUACGUGGGCCGCCAUGUAGACAUUUGGGCCUUGGGUGUCCUACUGUACUUCAUGGUGACUGCCACUAUGCCCUUCUAUGCCAACAACCUGAGUCGGCUCAAGCGUAGCAUCCUGCAGGGUUCCUAUGGCAUCCCAUCCCACGUGCCUGAUCCCUGCCAGCAGGUCAUCAAGAGCAUGCUGCGGCCUGUGCCCCCUGAUCGCCCCUCUGUCACCCAGCUUAUGAUCAGCUCAUGGCUUAAAGGGAUCGACUACCCCAAGCCUUAUCCCGCCUUCUGCUCAACACCCUCGGUUCUGGCCGAGCCCUUGCGGGUCCUUUGCAAAGAGGAGCAGGAGGUGAGGUCAGCCCUGCUGUGCCUGGGAAUUACAGACACUCACCUGCAGAACAAUGCCUGCGCUGACUCUCGCAGCCCUGUCACGGGGAUCUACCGGAUCACACUACAUCGCAUCGAGAAGAGGAGAUCCGUGGAGGAUGUUGGCUACUCUGCCUUGUACCCUGAUGACUUCCAGCACCGAAAACGUUGUACUCGAGCUGCAGGGGCUGUUGAGAAGCACAAUCCUUCCGCCGUUUGUAUCAUCCUGUGA